CAAGCAGUGGGAGAGCUGUGCGUAAGCUAGGGCUAGCUAGGAAAUCGCGGAUGCGCGAUGGAAGGGAUGCGCAAGAGGGUCAUGGCGCUGGCCGUGGCGGCGCGAGAUCUCAGCAGCGGCAGCACUGCCGUGCAGCAGCCGUCGCCCGGCAAGCGCCCCAAUCCAGCGCAGCGGGCAUUCGCACAGCUCGCGGAUUGCCUCGAGGGCCUGGCGCUGUUCCUGUCGCGGCUUGCCGACAGUGGCGAAAUCCAGGCACAGCAGCUCGAGGAGGAGCUGAGCAGUGAGGAGAAUCUCCUCCAGGGUUACAAGGGCCGAUCAUCGCUCUAUCUCCUCAUGUGUAGCCCCAAGAUCAUGGCGGAGCUUCAAGAAUCGGGGAAGAGGCUGCGGCGGGGAAUCGAGGCACUGGGCGGGACGGCGAAGGUGGAUAGCUCGCUGUUGGAGCUGCUUAGCGAGGGAUUUCGCCCCACCGGCGACGACGAAGCGCUCAUCGAUUCGCUCGAGGAGGGCAUGCUCGACACAAUCGUGAUCGACACGGCGCUGUGCCGGAGGCUGGCGCGGCAGAUCGCCGAGGGCGUGGGGAUGGAGAUGACUAGCCAGGGAUUCGUCGACGAGGUGGAGAAGCUGUGGUGCGAGCGAUCGGCCGCGGAGGCGCGCGGCGGGAAGGUCCACGCUCUCUAUCUGGAGCAGUUCUUGCUGGUUCUCGACCGGGCUCUUCGAUCUUCCAGGGGGGAUGCCAUCGAGGGCGACGAGGAUUGCGAGCGAGAACAGGCCAAGCGGAUGAAGCAGCUCAUGGCGUCGCUCUCGAUCAGCGGCAGGGACGCGCCAAUGCUGCCCUUGCAGCCAUUCAUCUGCCCGAUCACUCGCGACGUGAUGCGCGACCCCGUCCAGAUCGCCUCGGGGCAGACGUACGAGCGCGAGGCGAUCGAGCGAUGGUUUGCCGAGGGGAACACGCGAUGCCCGGUGAUGGGCGAGGAGCUCCCCACCACGCAGAUGAAAUCCAACUUCGCGCUAAAGCAGUCCAUUGCCGAGUGGAGGGAGAGGAACUUCGAGGCCCGGCUCCACUGUGCCGCGCGGUGCCUUCUCGGAGAGCCGCGCUGUUCCGACACAGACGUGCGGACCAUGCGGGACGUCCGCGCGGUGUGUGAGGAGGAGCCGCUCAACAAAUACAAAGUUGGCACCAUUGGGCUGAUUGGACCGAUGGUGAAGCUUCUGCAUGACGCGCGGGAUGCCGUGAUUCUACGCAAGGAGGCCCUGGCGGCGCUCGCGGUGCUUGCUCGGGACAACGUGGAAAACCAGGAAUCAAUGGUGAAGGCCGGUAUAGUUGAGCAGCUGGUUUUUAGCCUCACUCGGCAAAAGGAAGACUUGGGAGAAGCUGUGUUGGUGAUGAAGAUCUUGUCGGAGAAUCCCAGCACCGCGGAGCUGAUCAGCCACGCACAAGGUGCGGUGGUGUUUCUGGUAACUUUACUCGGCUGCGAGGACGAGGACGUGAACUCGAACGUGACGGCCAUCCUGGAGAAUGUCCCAAGCAGCGAUGAAAAUGUUGUGAUAAUGGCCGAGGCCAAUCUCAUGCGGCCUUUGGCAAACAGGCUCGUUGAAGGAUCCAUGGAAUCGAGAAUUCUCAUGGCAAACGCGCUCGCUGCCAUGCACUUGCCAGACUCGAGCAAAACGUCACUUGCAACGGAGGACGUGCUGGUGUCGCUGCUGAAAAUGAUCGAAAGCUUCCGGCGAGAAGAAAACGAAGCAGCUCUAGGUGCUCUCCAAAACCUCACAUCCGUGCCUGGCAUCGCCGAGACAGUCCUCACUUUGCACGGCUUCAGGCUGAUGGAACACAAACUCACCUCUGUCAAGUCCGUGGAGGAGAUAAAAGUUGGCGCUGCCCGGAUACUGGCCGAUCUCUCUAAGAUCGCUGGUGAUGCCUGGAGCGACGAAGACGAAGCCACAAUGAACCAGCUCGAGAUCUACAUCUACGAGUUCUUGCAAUUCAUGGGCUCGCCCACGGCUGCUGGCGUCCAAAGUCACGUCUUGAGCACUCUCCUCGGCUUGGCCAACGGGAAGAACAUCGGAGGCUUUACGAGAGCAAAGCUCUGCGAGCACAGGGCGCUGCAAACACUUCUUCCGCUCCUCAAGAACCCGGCUACGUCGACUCCGGGCAGCGCGGCUUCGAAAACUCCAGCUAUGGUGGUGGAAGUAAGGCGGCACGCAAUGGAGCUGUUUUGCCUGCUGAGCAAGGAAUCCAGCCAGGAAGCGUCCGCGGCGAUGCGAGAGGAGCCCGGGAUCAUAGCCGAGCUCGUGAAGAACCUGUCCGAGGACCCGGAGAGAACGUCCAUGCUGGGGAUCAUCGCGAGCAUGGAGGGGAAUGGAGUCGUGAGGAGCGCUCUGGAUCAUCACCACCAAGAUGGAGACAAGGGGCUACUUCACGUAGUGGCGGCGCUGGUGAUGGACGCCUCCCAGGACGCUGCGACGACCGAGGCGGCGGUGGGCAUCGUUCUAAAGUUCGCGAAGCUUGGGGUGGAGACGCAGAAGAAGCUGGCCGAGGCGGGGAUGAUCGAGCGGCUGGUGCAGCUGCUGGAGCCCGGGAGGAGCAUGCUCACGCGGCGGCGUGCCGCGCGGUGCCUGGCAGAGUUCUCGUCGAGCAGCUGGAGCUUGAGCGAGAGCCGCAGCAAGCAAAAGCGGCGAAAACAGGACGAGUCGUGCAGGAGCGUCGUGUACCUGUGCCUGCCGUGGCUGGCGCCGCGCGGACCGAGCCGGUGCUGCCGGGUCCACGGCGGCGAGUGUACCGCGCGGCACACCUUCUGCCUCGUGGAAGCCGACGCGGUGGUGCCGCUGGUGGCGCUGCUCAAGGACGCGGUCAAGGCGGACGCCGCCGAUACCGCCGGCGGCGCCGCAGCGGCACUGGCGGCACUGGCGACGCUGACGGGCGUACUGGACGAGGAUACCGCCGACGGCACCUCGGAGGCUUAUCCGGCUGGUACAGUCGAGGGCUGCCACGCCAUCGACAAAGCCAAGGGGCUGAGCGCCGUGAUAGCGGCGGUGAGUAGCGGCGGGCGUGACGCCCAGCGGUACGCGCUGGCCAUCGUGGAGCGGCUGUUCAGUCACCCCGACUACUGCGCGCAGUAUGGCCCAUCCGCUCAAAUGCACGUCAUCUACGCUGCUCAAACGGCCGAUCCAAAGACGCGGAGAGCCGCCGGGCUGAUCUUGCGGCGGCUGGAGCUCAUCCAUAGCCAGUCCAAUUACUUCGGAGCAUCGCACGGGCUUUAGUGCGCCGGGAUGGGAGAGCUCUUGCGCGCUCUGCCGCUCCACCACGGUUUUGGAUCGACAAUUGCGCAGCCCAGGAUCGUGGGCGCUCCGGAAAGAGGUAGAGUUCUACUCCAAGGUAGUUCGUCGAGAAGAAGACGACGACUAGUGACCAUCAAAGCCAGCGGCAGCGAUCAAGAUCAAGACCAUCUCCAGGGAUCGUUACCUCCAGAGCUCCGCGAGAGAUGGGAGGCCUCUCGCGGCAAGCUCAUGGAGCUGGGCCUCUCGAUCGAAGACGCGGAUAGAGUGAUCGGGAAGUCGUCGGGGCACCUCAAAUCGCCAUACUGGGGGGAGGGGAAGGAGAAAUCCGUCCCGGCUGUGGAGGAGGUGGCCGGGAAAGUGGAGUAUCUCAUGAGCCUGGGGCUGUCGGACGCGGAGGUCUCGGGUUUGAUGAAGAAGUUCCCCGAGAUCCUGGGAUGCAAGCUCGAGGAGGAGAUCCAGGGCAACGUCGGGGUGUUGGAUGUUACGUGGGGGAUCAGCGGGAGGACGCUGAAAAGCCUGGUGCUUCGCAAGCCACAAGUUUUGGGCUACAAUGUGGACUGCAAGGGGGAUUGCAUGGCGGAAUGUACCAGAUGCUGGGCGAGAUUCUAAGAAAAAUCCAGCGAUUCUAUCAUGGCUGUAAUACUAUGUAUAUAAAUUGUUUACGAAGAUUAUAGUGGUUCUUU